UAAAAUCCCCACCCCCCGGGGGGGGGUGCCUUCUUCCAGGGAAAGGUUUGACUUGGGAUCAAACGCAAGCCUUGGGAUAUGAAAUACUAAUGAGGAAAUCAGGCGCUAAAGAUUUAGGGUUUCUUAUCUCCCUCCAUUAGUCCUCCACUGAGAAGCGGGAGCCUGGGAGGCACUACUGACCGGCAGGGUGGACCCUGUCUGAUUCGCCUCUGGCCACUUUGAUCUUCCAGGUCUGCCUAAUCAAGUUCAUCUAUUGCCGCGACCCACUGGAUUCAAAGAGCCACAUUAAAUAGUUUGAUUAUCCAAUGGUCAUUUUCCUCUUUCCUCCACCCCGAUCUAAUUUCCAAAUGCCAAUCUCUCGCCUCCCUCACUAAACUUCCCAUCAAAAGAGAAUUAAUCCUUUUUCCUUUUUAUCCUCGUUUGAUGUGCAAAUUUUCUCCUCUUUGCACAUUUUUCUCAAAGUGGAAAGGAGAGGUCGGGGUGGGGCGAGGAGAAGCCACUGGAGGAAUUUAGACACCAGGACCUCAUCCAGGUCGGGGAGUCGCGAGGCUAAAGGGUUGGUCCGUGCUUGCACCUGGCGUUCUAGUAGAGCAGCUACUUCGGACCUUUGAAUUAUCGAGGAGGUUAUUUUAAAAACCGAAUAUUGUUUGCAUAAACAAACGAAUAUUGGCUUAAGGGACAGGAGAGAAAGGUGGUUUUGCAAUGGCUAUCACCAUUUGGCUGUGCAAAGUAUUUCAGAUGCAAGUAAUUCAACCCCUACUGCCAGGCCUGGACGCGGAGCUCGCAGUUUCUCCAGCCCGCUGCGGUUGUUGGGUCCUCUGCUCAAGCGCACACUGAGAUCCCUCACUUCGGAGGUGAGCCGGACCGGCGGCGGCGACAGUGCAAGGGAGGGGCUGGGUGCACAGUGUCAAAGCCCCCUCCCUUCAAGUACACAAACACACCCCCUCCCGGGCCCUCCCAGUGCUUUGAAAUCCCAUCCCCGCUUUGUUGUCUCCCCCCAGGGGCCGGAACGCUCGGAGCCCGCCGUAUAAAGGCAGCUCGGGUGGCGGUGGCGGAGCAGAGCUGCGGGCGCCCUGCAGUCGGGACUCUGGGACGUCCCGGGACCGGGCUCAGACCCCGCGCCAGCUCGUUUCGUUUCGGUGGGACCAGGCUUGCACAGUGACAUCCUUCCGUUCUCUUGUCUGUUUCCUACUUGAAUCCUGAGAUGCCGGCUCUGGGCGCAGUGGGAGCUGCUCGCUUCUUGGUCGCCCUGGUAGCGCUGGCUCUGGGCAGCCACCCUCUGCUCCGAGUGAGCGCCACCUUGAACUCGGUGCUGGUCAAUUCCAACGCAAUCAAGAACGUCCCCCCGCCGCUGGGGGGCGCUGCCGGGCACCCGAGCUCUGCAGUCAGCGCGGCACCUGGGAUUCUUUAUGAGGGCGGGAACAAGUACCAGGCCCUUGACAAUUACCAGCCGUACCCGUGCGCGGAGGACGAGGAGUGCAGCACAGACGAGUACUGCUCGAGUCCCGCCCGCGCAGGGGGCGGCGGAGUGCAGAUCUGUCUCGCCUGCAGGAAGCGCCGCAAACGCUGCCUGCGCCACGCUAUGUGCUGCCCCGGGAAUUACUGCAAGAACGGAAUAUGUAUGCCUUCUGAUCACAGUCAUUUCCAUAGAGGGGAAAUCGAGGAAACCAUCAUUGAAAGCUUUGGUAAUGAUCAUGGCACCUUGGAUGGGUACUCCAGAAGAACCACACUGUCUUCAAAAAUCUAUCACACCAAAGGACAAGAAGGUUCUGUCUGUCUCCGAUCAUCAGACUGUGCCACAGGAUUGUGUUGUGCUAGACACUUCUGGUCCAAGAUCUGUAAACCUGUUCUCAAAGAAGGUCAAGUAUGCACCAAACACAGGAGAAAAGGCUCCCAUGGUCUAGAGAUAUUCCAGCGCUGUUACUGUGGAGAAGGGCUGUCUUGCCGGAUACAGAAAGAUCAUCAUCAAGCCAGUAAUUCAUCUAGGCUUCACACCUGCCAACGACACUAAACCAGCUGUCCAAAUGCAAUGGACUCUGCUUAUAUAAUAUAUGCCAUGAAAACCUUUUAUGACUUAUCAGCUCAAUCCUAAAGGGUGUACACAUUCUGUGACUGUAGUUAAGCAUUCCAAUAAUACCCUCUGAAAAUGUGGAGUGUGAGACCUUUGUUUCUUAAUGGAACUCCCCUGUGAUUGCAGUAAAUUACUGUGUUGUAAAUUCUCAGUGUGGCACUUACCUGUAAAUGUAACAAAACUUUUAAUUAUUUUUCUAAAGGUGCUGCAUUGCCUAUUGUUCCUCUUUUAUGUAAAUUUUUGUAUACAUUGAUUUUACCUUGGCUAAUAAAUAUUCUAUGUUGAACUGAAAUAAAUAACUUUAGCUUACA